CCCCGAAAGAAGAAGGCUCUCGAUGUCUCGGGAGAUGUUCUUGAUAAAGUCAACGAUCUGUUAAAUGCCUCUGGACAAAUUCUCAAAAAGGAGCCGAAGAAGAAAGCCAACAAGUAUGGAUUGACGCCUGGCAAGUCACCUUUCCCCGAUUAUGUCAAACCAACACCGGAAGAUUGUGAGGAAGUCAAUAGCCUGCUUUCCGCGCUUCACGGCGAGGUCAAAGUGCCAGAAGUAAUUCCUCCUCCAUCCAUGGAGGUCACCGGGUGUGGCGAGGUACCUGAUCUUCUCGAUGCUAUCCUCAGAACGUUGCUGAGUGCCUCAACCACUGCCAACAAUGCCAACUUGUCUCUGAAAGGUCUGAAAGACAAAUUCCAUCUCCGCGAAUCAGGUGUUGGUAAAGGAAGCAUUAAUUGGGAGGCUGUCCACAAAGCAGACCUGGACACGGUCAUUGAUGCCAUCAAAUCAGGAGGUUUGGCAAAAGUAAAGGGAACGAAUAUCAAAAAGAUACUCGAUGCUGUAUACGAGCAGAAUUGUAUACGUCGUGAUGCUUUAUUAAAAGAGAAAGAAACAGGCAAUCCAGCAAAUAUUCCCGGAGCGAAGCACGAAACACAAGAACAGAAAGAUGCUGAAAUUGCCAAAGCCAACGAAAACAUGCUCUCGAUGGACCACCUCUUUGAGAUGACCACAGAAGAAGCCAUGGAAGAAAUGACAAAGUUGCCUGGCAUCGGUGUCAAGACAGCUUCUUGUGUUGUCCUUUUCUGCAUGAAACGCCCGAGCUUUGCCGUGGAUACCCAUGUUUGGCGUCAUUGCAAGUGGCUUGGAUGGGUUCCUGCAACGGCUACAAGGGAUCAAACCUUCAGUCACUGUGAAGUUCGGGUCCCUGAUCAUAUGAAGUAUUCUCUUCAUCAACUCUUUUUAAAGCAUGGCAAAACGUGUGGGCGAUGCAGAGCGAAUACAAGUGCGGGAACCGAGGAGUGGAACAACACAAAUUGUCCUAUUGAUCAUUUGGUCAACCGGACAGAGAAGAGGAAGAUGGCAGGAAACAGCUCCGUGGGGAAAGCCAAGCCUCAUAACGGGAAGAAA